AAAAUGUCACGAGGAUGUUACGAAUCAUCGCCGGAAAUAGAACACGCCAGCGGAUUCUCCAAUAGGAGUCUGGCGCCAUUUUGAAAAAUUUGGAACAGAAAAGCAAAACAAAUGCCAACCAACGCUCAAAAAAACCUUGGUUAAAAACUGGUUUAUAAGAAGCCUACUGCUUUGUAACUGCUUUAGUGGUGUCUCUGUAGGUUCAACAUUUUCAAGUGGUGGAGUUUUAAACUUAAGUGAUUCAAAUGAUUUAUUUUGUCCGAUUUUGGAAGAGGAAACGAUUUGAGAGCUCAAUAUGGCUGGACCCAGUGGCUCAAGAGACGUUUCUCGCUCAAUGAAGGCUAAAGAAAUGUGCUGGAUUGACUCAAAGAUAACCUCAAUGAAGGACUUAAACCUUUACAAUGAACUCGUCUCACUUAACCUUCACUGUAACAACAUCACAAGAAUUGAAGGUUUGGAAUCCCUGUGUAAUCUGAAGCACUUGGACCUUUCGUCCAAUCAGAUUACAGUAAUAGAAGGGCUAGGUGGGCUGACAUCAUUGCGAACGUUGAAUUUAUCUUGCAACAAAAUUAAACUCAUUGAGGGCAUGGAAAUGUUAAAGAGUCUUUGUAAAUUUGACGCAUCCUAUAAUUUUAUAGACAAUAUUUCAGGUUUCAAGGACCUUCAUGGCUCGGCAUACUGUAUAUCACAUGUUUAUCUCCAUGGCAACACACUGUCAUCUCUCGACCAUGUCAUAAAUUCUUUGGUUGGAUGUAUUAAGCUGAAGGAGUUAAGUUUUGAGUUGAAUGGUGAUUGCAACCCUCUAUGUAAGAUUCCUGGUUACAGAUCAAGUAUAAUGUCAGCAUUGAGAGGAUUAGAGAUACUUGAUGGCUUGAACAGAAAUGGACAGCCUGCUACUGUGCAAGAUGAAGUUCAUGAUAUUCCAGAACUAGAAGAAUAUUUGGACUUCCUUUUAUCAUCAAGUUCUACAGAAACAAAUAGUACAAGGGAUGUUAGGUUCGAUGUCGCAACUCCUAGAAUUGAUAUGGUUUUGAACAAAUUCAAGAGCCAUCCUCCUCUGUCUUCUGAUACUGAAGAAGCAACUGCAAGCACUUCUCCAUCCACAGAGCCAGCAGCGUUUGAUAACCCACCAGGCAAAGUAAGACUUUCAGUUGACCAUGAAGUUCGUCUGGAGAAACUAGAGAAUCAGCUGGCCAAUUUGUUAUAUGAGACAGCAACAGUAGAUUCAAAAGGACCUGCCAAGACUGCAAGAGAAUGUAAUUCAGAUGACUCUGAUACUGAAGAAACCCCACCACGCAAAGAAGUGAAGUUUAAAAGAACAACCCGUACUCGCCCUGCACAGAAGAGAACUGAUGAGUCCAAAACAGUUCCUCAAAGGCCCAGAUCAACCUCAAGACCUGCCAAAGAGACAACAUCUAGCUCGACAACACCAACCACCUCCCCAGGGGGAGGCACCUCGGGAGACAAUAAGGGGCUAAAAGUUAGUGGAAAGAGAGUUUUUCCUGUCAAGAGUAUCCGAAAACCUGAGGAUGAUGCUACACUGCUUUCUCUUAUUCAAGAGUUAGACAGUGAAAGAGAAAGACGUUGGAAGGCAGAGCAAGCAGGGCGUAAGCUACUGGACCACAUACAAGCUAUGCACGCUAAAGGCGCUGAAGAAAAAAAGCUACAAGAAGCUGCCCUAGCAGCCAGCGCUAGGUUAAAACAAGCAUUAGUCAAAGAGAGAGAAUCCAAAAGUGCGCUACAAAAUAUCGUUGCUGAACUCCAGGCUAGGAAUAGAGACUUGACAGAUGAGAUACAAAGGCUAAAAGAAUCGAACGAGGAGCAACGGUUAACACUGCGAAACAUGGAAGAAACAGCAGCUAAUAUGGAAACAGAAAUGAUCAAAAAACACGCGCACGAGGUGUCUAAGGCACAAGAGCACCAGAUGAAGGCAGCAGCCAGUGCGCGAGAAGCAGAACUCUUCAAACACACCUCAGAACAACUAAAAGGACAACUGCAACAACUACAGGAGCUACUUGCAUCUCGAGAACAGGAACACAAGGAUGCAUUUCAGGGAAUGGUCAAGGUGGACAGUGCGCAGAUGCGAGACGCAGUUGAUCGUGAAAUCGCGAAACAAGAAGCAAGAUACGAACAAGUCAUCGCUCAGUAUCAACAACGACUGGAAAAAAAGGACGCUGAAUACGUAGCUUUAGAAGAUGAGUUCAGGAUGGGCCUCACAAUAGAAGCUAAUCGUUUCAAAGAGUUGCAGGAAGCAUUUGAACGCGUAAGCGAAGAAGCCGCUCAGUACAAGUUAUCAGUACAGACAUCGACACAGAAAGAAAGUAAAGCCACUAGUAUGGUCAAUGAACUGACUGCGAUGGUGAAAGAACAGCGCGUUCGUCUUACGGAGCUCUCCAAGGGAAGACAAGAGAUAGUGGCCGAAUAUAAAGAAAGAAUCCAGCAUCUUGAAUCCCAACUGAACGAUGCUCGCAGACAGCUGACAAGACUAGAGAUUCUAGAACAGGACAAGUCUAAACUCGGCGCACAAAUUCGCGCACAAGAAUCAGUAAUCGAGGGACUGAGAACAGAGCGGAAAUUGUGGAGUCAAGAACUAGCCCAGCAAGGAGCGUCUCUUGCUCAGGAUAGAGGGAGACUUGAGUCCCGGAUUGAAGCAUUGAGUGCAGAGUUAAGUCAGAUGAAAAAACAGAGUCAGAGUGAUAAUGACACUAUUCGCAUCAAAUCAAAGAUGAUCGAAGACCAAACUGAUUCCAUAAGAAAACUAAAACAAACAGUAUCUGAUCUAGAUAAUGAAGUAAAACAGCUCAAAGACGAAAAUGCCAAAGCUAUAACGAACCUUGAGAACCAGUUAGCAAGUGAAUCAAGCAAUAACCAGCAGUUACAGGAAGAAGUAGAGGUCUUGACAGAACGCAAAGAAGAACUCAAAAGAGAACUACGAGAGAAGCAAGAAGACCUUGAUAAGACGAAAGAGGGAUUAAGGUCUUUGCGCGGCAAAUGGCAAGAGAAAAGUGCGCUCAUCACUCAAAUGGAAAAUGAAGUGGUUAAAAUGAGAGACAGCUUCAAAGAAAAAGAGAAAGCAUUGAUUGACGAGAGAGACAAAGCUGUCACUGCCGGCAAGUAA